GCCACACAGAGGCGGAAGGACCGCUACAGACAAGAGCUGCUGGAACAGAUGGCUGAGGGGCAGAGGAACAAAAAGAAGGAGAAGGAUCUUGAGCUGAGGGUUGCUGCCACUGGGGCGAUUGACCCAGAGAAACAGCCUGACCGCAUUAUGCAGUUUGGGGCGGUGAACCGCGAAUAUGAGGGCCGGAGACGUGACAUCCCCUAUAGACCCGGAGUAGGCCUGGACGCCCUGGGGACCAACUCUAGCCCCAGGCCCCGCCAGGAGAGGCCUGAGGCGGGCACAGAGGAGAGAGGUCCCCCCUGGGAGGCCCCGUGUUGCCUUCCCCUCCCCUCCAAUGGACUACACUAACAUCCUGGGCAAACUAACAGGGGCAGGGGGGCCGCGGUUAGAGAUGGGGGCUGGAGCAGGAGCAGGGGCAGGCAUGGGGGUGCCUGGGGGCGCCCCUCUCAAUGAAGACUUCCACAGGAGCCUCUCUAGUACCCUGGGAGAGAUAGUCGCCCCAAGAAUUGCUAGCUUACCUCCUCCAUUGCCGCCCACUCUAACUGAUGCCUACAGGACUCCGUAUGAUGAGGCCUAUUACUACUAUGGAGCAAGGAAUCCCCUGGACAAAAAUCUGCUCUACUAUGGACCUCAAGGAGGUGGAGGGCAGCCCAUGGUCUUCCCAAAUCUGCCUCCAGGAAUGAUUCCUCCACCUGGACAUCAAGGGGCCCGAGGAGCCUAUCAGCAUGCUGUGGCCCUCCCUGGAGCUGGGCUGGGUGUUGGAGCGAUAGGAGAGAGGCCUAAGCAGUCCAAGGAGAGUGUGUUGAACUACCAGGAAGCACUGAGACAACAGGAAGAGAUCAGGCGAGAGUGGAGUCAGCACUUUUCCAAGAUCCAGGAAAGAGAGGAGCGAAAAAGACAGGAGAGGGAGAAAAGGGAUCGCUAUGAUGCCAAGAUCGAGGCGGAGAUGAAGGCCUAUGAUCCCUGGGGGAAGGGGGGAGGAGGGGCCCCGCUCAAAGACGACCGGGGAAAUCUCAUCAGUGAUCUGAACAGAAUGCACAGGAUCAACAAGGAGGUGUACGUAAACCCAGAGUCCAGGGACAGGAGAUGGCCCCAGGGCUCUGUAGGCAGGAUUGGAGGUGGAGGGGGACUUACCCCCAGGGGAAUAUCAGGUUUCUCCUUUGCCCAGACGUCCCAGUUCGCGCGGAGCAACGUGUUCAGUGAUCAGCCUACUCCACAGCAGCUCCAGGAGCAGGACAUAUACAAAGACUACCUGAAGCAGCAGAUCGAGGAGAAAAGGAGUAAGGAAGCGAAGGAGAGGGACCGUGAAAGGAUGGAGGAGGAGAGGGAGGAAAAGAGGCUGGCAGAGCAGAGGGUUCUUAUCCAGCAGGAGUUUGAGGAGGAGCAGCAGAGGAGGAAACAGAAGGAGAUCGAGCAAAGUGCCAAGAAUGAAGAGCUGAUCCGCCAGGCUGAGGAGCGCCGUAAGGAGGCGGACAGGAAGAGCAGGGAGGAGGAAGAACGUGAGAGCAAGACCCUGAGACAGCAGGUUGAGAGGGAAAGACAGGCGCGAAAGGAAGAGAGUCAGAGGGAUCCGUCCCCACCUAUCCCAGCCCUGCAGAAGAGACUGGGGAAGCAGCACCUCUCUCCCAGACCUCCCUCUGCUGUCAGCCAGCUCUCCUCUAGGGCCCUGUCUGAGCGUUCUAUGUCAGCACCACACUCUCCACCUGUACCUGCCAGGAGAAACCAGCUCCGAGCCACAGAGGACCAGCAGCAGGGUGUGAUCAGUGAGUUGUCCACGCUGCGGAGGCAGCUGCGGAGCGAACAGAGACGGCUGGAGGGGCAGCUGCUGCAGAGUGACAGAGAGGAGACAGAUACACCCCUUUACACCAGGCGCAGAGGGCGCCCCCAUGGGGACGUGUUUGAGAUGGCACUCAUCAGAGCCCAGGGGUCGUCCAGAAGACCCAACUCUGGAACGGCUGCUGCAGCUGCCCAUGUCAACAUGCAGAACAUCAGGGAGUUCAACCAGCUCAAAUACAGAGACAGCGCAUCUCGUGAGGAGGUGCUUCAUGUGUACCCCGACCCGCCCAGUGAUGAACACAGUCUGGACAUCCAGCAGCAGGCUCUGCUCAGGGAGCAACAACGCAGGAUCAGGAGGAGAGGAGAGUCAGACUUCUUUGAGCCGUAUGUGGAGCGACAGCCUCAUUAUCAUCCUAGGGAGAAGCCAGGCCAAGACCACCAGAGAGUCUCUUUAUUGGAGUCAGAGAGCGCUUUUAUUGAUUACCCCAAUGGUGACGCAGGGUCCCCAUCCCCAGCACAAGCCCAGGUUAACCUGAGGUCCAGACAGCCCUCAGCCCAGGAGAGGGACAGCAGGAGGCCUGCCAGGAGAAGAGACUUUGAGGAUGACAUGGUGACUCCCGGUGGUCAGAGGGAUGACGAGGGCCAACCAGAUGCCCAGUCUCUCUUCUCUGUGGCCAGCCUGAACAUUGAGGGGGUGAAGGACCGCAACCAGAGACGCAUCCGCAGACUGGAUGACUUCAACGACCACGACUGGAGAUCAGGAGGGCUGUCAGCCAAUGAAGGGGACCACCUCUCGCUGCGGUCCACCCCAUACCACCAGGACAGGCGUGUGUCUGUGGAGACGGUUGCCACGGAGCCCUGGCUGCGGCCUGGCACAUCGGACCCGCUGAACCGAUUAGGGACUGGUCAGAACCGGAGAGAGAGGCCGGUUACUAGAGACAUCCAGGACGGGCCCUCCACCUACCAUGGAUGACCUGUGACCUUUUUAGGUCUGUUGACCUCUCAUCUACACAUAGGAUCCCUUUCUAGUGCACUACUUCUGACUAAAGUCUGUGCCCUUGAUUUCAAAGCCAAAGAGGUGUAUUUUCUAUAUGCAGUCGAUCCCUAUUUCUCAUUUUACAAAAUUAACAUGGGCUAUUUCUGUCUCGGGAUCAGAUGAGCGCAAAAAAACAUUUGUUUGUGCUUUUUACUCCGAAAAAAAAUAUGAAUGUAGCUUAUGUAUGUGUCCAUUUUGAACCUAUACAGCCCCCAGAGGAGACGUCCUAAUGGAGAUGAGAGCGGUAGUAGCAGAGAUAUUUGUCUCUGUAUACAACGGCUCUAGCCUGGGUACCAGUCUCUAGCUAACAUUCCACUCCUUGUCAAAGAGACUGGCCUUUUGGGCAAUCUCAACGUUCAAUAUGCAGCCGGAUUUACAGCGCAGUUGCUGAUUGGUAGUUGGAAACAACAUUAAUAUUUUCCAUGACAACAUUCUGGAACAUGAGGUGCGUGCAAAUUUGAUGCCAUAUAGAAUUCAAAUUUGUGGAUUAAUAGCCCAGCCUAUGGAAUAAUUUCAAAUUUACAUAUCUGUCUUCACUGUUCCCUUCUUGCGCAAUUCUUGUAUCUCUGCUGGCAUCUCCACUGGAUCCUCUGUAUUCCUUUUAUAGCUCUUGAACCAGUAGCCUAGCCCAAUGUUCCAGCAGUAGCAAUAUACAAUAGUUUGGUCACUUAUUUUGAGAAAUAGAAAAUAUAUAUUUUUGUGUUGCUCAAAAUAAUAUCUAAAUAUUUGAGGAAAUAAGUGCCUUGCUCUUGCUUGCUGGAUAUGAAAUAGGCUACAGCGUUCACAAUGAACUGCUGGGGAAGUUUGAAUGGCGAGAGCUUCUCUGGUGUGACGCGAUCACAUUGGCUGAAAUAAACGUAAAUCCUCUGUUCUCCCAGCGCCCAAUGUUUAUAAUGACUACAUCGAAAGCCCAAUGUUUCCAAUCGAAUGUAUGAAUGAAGUUUUCCUAUCAGUCUAAUUUGCAUUAAACAUUGUGAUUGGAGGAUAGCUGUGAGGGUUAGAAAAUCAGGAUCAAAUCAUCUGAUCUCUUCGAGCUCAUUAAUGAUGAUGAUAUGUUCAUAUUUGAAGAUUGCCGAAUGGCCAGUCUCUUUGGCAAGGAGUGGAAUGUUAGUUAAAGAGACUGGUACUCCAGCUACAACGGCUCCAUGUAGUGAGGAGGAGCAGGGCAGCAUCAGUGAGUGUCUGCUCUGCUCAGAGUGAAGCAUUCAGAGAUACUGCAGAGAUACAUACCACUCAGAGAUACUGCAGUAGGGGUACAGUAUGGAUGAUGGCUAGGCUCUGGUCUGCUAAUCUUUUGAAUGUACUUUGGCAAAAUUAAUGUAUAUUUGAAACAUGAAUCUGAUGUUGAAAUGUUUGUAUGUAUCAAGUAAAGAUGUGAUUUUAUAUAUAUAUAUAUAUAUAUAGAGAAAGAUUUAGGGUUUUAAAAAUAAAUUAUUUUAAUCAU